CAUCCUCCGCAGUCGCUCGCCUUUGCUUCCAGAAUCUUCUCGCUGCAGCUGAAGAAGCUUUGCCAAAACUCCAUCACGAUGUGCUCCCGCGGGUCUUGCCACGACUACGAGUCCUCCUGUCAUGGAUCCCGCUCUUCCUCCUGCCACUCGGGGCCCUCCUGUCACUACACCAUCCAGAGGCAGCCUGUGCAGAAGUUCAGCUACGUGACACCCUGCUGCCCCCCAGUGCAGCCCUGCUACCCCCCUGUGCAGCGUUACUGCCCCCCAGUGCAGCGUUACUGCCCCCCAGUGCAGCCCUGCUGCCCCCCAGUGCAGCGUUACUGCCCCCCAGUCUGCCCCCAGGUCACCAAGAACAUCUGCAAGCUGCCGUCGUCCUACCCCAAGUACUGAGGGCAGGAUCCAACUUCGGGAUGCACCAGCUCACUCCUCACCCACAGCUUCCAGCUUGCCCCAGUGCUCGUGGCUCUGCAGCUUUGCCACUUCUCUGCAAGAAAAACCUUCUAAAACUGCCGGAGGUGAUGCAGUUUUAGGACGAAACCUCUCGGUUUGAGGAGCUCUGAGAUGUUUAUCUUUCCUCUGCCAAUGCUGGGAAUGGUUCCCUUCUUGCUUUGCUGCUUCGUCCUCCAGCAAGACAAUAAAAAAUGGUGUUUCAAGCCAAAUGAACAGUCCUGGAUGUUUUCAGUCACUGCUCCAUUAAAUGUGCUGGAUUAGUGGGCAAGAGGGGCAUUGAGGGUUUGGAGUAUGAAGGAGAAGGGAACAGAACUGGGGAAGGGGCU